AUGGCCUUUAAUGAUAUAAAGGGUCGUAGGAUAAUUGCCAAGUUUCAAUGUUUUGGGAUUAGGUUAUGGUCAGGUUGGGUGGUAGGAGUUCAGAGACAGUCGUGCCUUCAAGCUGAUAAAUCUCGAGACUUGAUCAACAACUGCAGUAAAAAACAGAAGAAACGGCGGCGACAUAGGACAAUAUUUACCAGUUUUCAGUUGGAGGAGUUAGAAAGAACAUUUAAAGAUGCGCAUUAUCCAGAUUUAUAUGCUCGAGAGUUACUGGCCCUUAAAAUAGAUUUACCAGAGGAUCGUAUACAGGUUUGGUUCCAGAAUCGACGAGCUAAAUGGAGAAAAACGGAAAAGACAUGGGGAAAGAGCAGCAUUAUGGCGGAAUAUGGGUUAUAUGGUGCUAUGGUACGCCAUGCAUUACCACUUCCAGAAGCCAUUGUUAAAAGUGCUGACAAGGGUAUUGAACAAUCGAAUGCUCCCUGGUUAUUAGGAAUGCAUAAAAAGUCGAUAGAAGCAGCCCAGAAAAUGAACGAAGUGGAUGAAGACAGUUGCUCGUCAGAUUCCGAGGAAAAACACAAAAAUAAAGAGGAGCUAAAAUCAGAAAGUAUCGCAGCAUUACGAGCGAAGGCGCAGGAACACAGUGCUAGACUUGUGGGUGUUAUAAACAGAGACGGUUGUGUUCCGAUGGAGCGUAAUAAUACAUUAAAUCAUAAAAUAAACGACACGUAUCAGAGAGACAAUGGUCUAACUUCCUGUUGA